AUAAUCAAUAAAUCGAGCGGUUAAUGCUGUGCCCUCACAAAGGUACAAAAUGAAAGAAGAGCUCCAUAAUACCUGAUGUACCACAGAUAUUAAUGUAAACAGGUGGGCAUUACACAAAGCUUCCUUUUUAAAAGCAUUGCACGUUUAUUUAGUUAAAUUUAGCUUGUCAAAUUGUUCAGUAAGGGAUGAGGUAAACGUGAACUUAUUUAAAUCAGAUCCGUGCUCAUCCUUCUGGUCCUGCCGAGCGAUCGGUGCUGCGCCCCCUGCGACCUAAGUUUGAUUUGGAAUGUCGCGAUGUAAUUGUCCAAAAAUCCUUAUUACCUUGUCAUUUUAAUAAUUAAUACACUGCCCAUCCAUGGAUGAGAAAAAUGAAUGAAAGAAUGAGGUGAUGAAUGAAUGAAUGAAUGCCACGCUGACAAAAAACCGAGGUGUUAAAACGGCAGGAUAGGAUGUCGCAACAGGAUGACCUGGUGGUUUCAAAGUCUGACUGGCACUUUCCUCCAGAAAACAACAACAUGGCAACAGACCACCAGACUCCAGCCUCUAAGCAGCAGCAGCCUGGCACAGCUGCUUUCAAGAUCAUCAUUUUUGAGCAGGAGAACUUCCAGGGACGCUGUCAUGAGCUGAGUGCUACCUGCCCCAACCUGAGGGAGGCUGGCAUCGAAAAAGUGGGCUCCAUCCUCGUGCACUCUGGACCCUGGGUGGGCUUUGAGCAGCCAGGCUGUAAGGGUGAGCAGUUUGUGUUUGAGAAAGGAGAAUAUCCUCGAUGGGACUCGUGGACUAACAGCAGGCGUAAUGACACUAUUGCUGCCUUCCGACCCAUCAAAGUGGACAGUCAAGAGCACAAGAUUGUGCUGUAUGAGAAUCCUAACUUUGCAGGCAAAAAGAUUGAGAUCAUAGAUGAUGACGUGCCCAGCUUCCAUGCUCACGGCUACCAGGAGAAAGUGUCUUCUGUCCGUGUCCAGAGUGGAACGUGGGUCGGAUAUCAGUACCCUGGCUACAGAGGAUACCAGUACCUGUUUGAGAAAGGAGAAUACAAGGACAGCUCUGAGUUUGGCGCCCAGCACCCCCAGAUUCAGUCUGUGAGACGCAUUCGGGACAUGCAGUGGCACCAGAGGGGCGCCUUUCACCCCAGCAACUGAGCCGAGUUCCCCAGAGGAAAGCCAUGCAACCCUUGAGGCUUCUGAUGAAGAGUGCUGAUGUUUCUGUACUGAUGGCUAAAGCAAUCCAAUAAAAGCUUUGUGCUUCAAUCUCAGCUUUUGUUGUGCACUGGGUGUGCUUUGGGGAUGGGGGGGGGGGGGUUUCGAGGGACACUGCACCCCAGGGUCACUUCAACUCCUAUGAUCUUCUCACCUGAAAAAGAGUCAAAUCUCCUCUGGGAGGUAGCCUUAUUAGGGCACUGUAAGAGCAGGCGAGAAGACCACCAGAGGGACGGCAAGUGUGAAAUAUCAUCAUAAGCUUACUUAUCUAUACAUGUUAUCAAUAAUUAAUAGUAUUUUAUGCCCCCCCCCCCCCCGCAAUAAUAAAAUUGAAUUAUAAAGAUGACACAAUGUACAAAUAACAAAGGUGGUGUCCAAAAAGGUGCAAGAGCCACUGUGCAUUGGAUCUUCAAGAUUGCUGAACGUCCAUUCAAGGGCUAAAAGGCCAGUGACACCCUAGAGUUACUUCAUCUGCUUGCUCAGUCC